AUGGGAGAUGAAGAUUUCCAUUUGGCUUUAAAACAAGCUAUUCAACGACUUCUUCAAAGGCAUGCCACUUACAACAAUGAUCCUGUAGAACAACGGCUGACUGGACCACAGAAUGGCUUUCCUGAGCCACAUUCCUAUGUACUUCCAAAUGCUAUAUUAUGGGAGCCGCACCAACAGCUGCCGCACUUUUUUCAACCCGAAUUUGUGUGUCCCAUCUGCAAUGAAGAUGGCAAAGUUAUCUCUUUAAAACCCAUUGGCUGGAAGGAUGGUCGGCUACGUCGUCAAAUGCCAAGGCAAAUUUACGGUAUGUCUGGAAGGGUUCUGCUCAUAAGUCGCGUGUAUAGAUGUUCUGCCGGACAUGAACUUAGUGGCCACGAUCCUGCCAUAUUAGCCAUGAUUAAUAGUCAGGGAAGAAUACCUUUCUUACUUUCACACAAAACUGGAGUAACAAGAGAGCUUCUCGAUAUGAUUGUGUCAAUGGUGCGAAAUGGACUGUCAUUUUCGCAAAUUAACGACAUUUUGCUCGAGCGAAUACAUAUGCGUCACUUGAAACUUGAAAGUAAGUUUUUAGAAGACUUGAAACUUUACAGUGCCAGCCAUCCAAUCAUAAUAAAUUCUUCUUUCCCUGAGUUCAACCAGCAGCGGGAAUGUCCCAGUAGAAAUACCAUUUCUGAAAUUUUCCUUCACUACUUUGAUUUGAAUGAAGAUUUGUUUGUCAGAAGAAUGACAUCGAUUUCAGCCGACGCGGAAUGGCUUUCCUGCGACCAUACCUUCGAUAUAACUAGCAGUAUAGGAUAUGAGAGAACAGAAGAUAGAAAGUGGAUUCGACAGUACGAUUCGCUGUUCUGUGUGAUGAACGAACGAGGGCAAAUUGCAGUUUGGCAACUAACUCAGACUCAAGGAUUUGAAAAAGUCCGUGGCCUACUGCAACAACUCUUUCAGAGAUUGUCCAGCAAAGACAAAAGUAUUAAGGAAUUUUACAUCGAUAACUGCUGCCAUUGGAGAAAAAAGUUACAAGAGGUUUUCGGCCCGGAUCUGGCUGUAAAACUUGAUAUUUUCCACGCAUUUCAGCGAAUAAGUUCCAAAAUUUCAAAGCGCCACCCCUUCUAUAGUAAAUGCUUACAAGAUCUACGGUUGAUGUUUAGAGAUCCCUCUGACGUCGGGAAAACGCGUGCAAAAGAAACUCCAGAUCCAAACACUCUUUUAAAAAAUGCCGACAUGUUCUUGAAGAAGUGGGAAAACGUUGAAAGCGACAAAGGCAAGCCAGUAUUAUCAGAGGAAGCUGUAAAAAAAGUGCGAAAAAUCGAGGAGCACAUGAGGAAAGGCUGUUUGUCGGGUAAGUUGUGGCACAGAAAACUGUUUAUGGCAGCCCAAUCCGAUUAUACAGUUUAGUAAAACCCCGAGUACAAGAACCUAGAUUUUUCCAAGUCAGCAUAAACAGUCUAAACAGGUUCUAAUGUAAAUGGUGCUUACAAGCAAGGAAAUUAGGCUAAACAGGUGCUGAAAUAGGUUCUUUUUUUCUAAAGAAAAGAGAGACUCAUUUUCCGUAGGUGUGAUAUAUCCGUUUAUAUCAAUUAUGCACAAUUUUCUCCAAAAAGACAGAAUAUGCACUUUACACCUAUUUUCUUUGAUUUUUAAAUUGUAGUUUUGAAUCUACUGAUAACAUAAGAAUGUACUCUGAAAUUCUAGCCUAUACAGGUUCUUGUGUAAAGGGGGUCUAAAUCGACAGUUUUAGCCUAAUACGUUCUUAAAUUCUAGGUUCUUGAACGCGGGAUUUUAUUGAAAUCGUACCCACUAUCUUUGAACACGACAUACACACAAACGCGCAUCAAACGAAGCACUAAAUUUAACCACAGGAAUGGAAAUCAUUUGCAGGGAAUAUAUUGAAGAUUGGAAACUAAUGCGGAGGUUUGUCGAUAUCAACGUAAAUCCGAGGCAACACUUUUUUUUACAUUUAAGUUACAUUUCCUCAAUUCCGAUUACAGGAUUCGGAGUUCAAAUAAUUGUCUUGAGUGGUACUGAAUUUGAAAUAUUUUACAAGAGUGUUUUCGAGAACUCAUAAUUUGGGUUAGGUAUUUUUUGGGCAGCUAAAACAAAAAGAAUUUCAAACAAUUCUGUAUGUUUCGCAAUGAUGUAAACAUUUAACCUUUAUGUAAGCCCCCGGCAUCUAUUCCAAUGUAAUACGGAAAGAUGUAACGAACGGGUGUGUUGAAACAAUGUUAGCCGUUUGUGUAUGUUAUUUUCAACAUUAUCUCAAUGUGCUUUUAAAAAAAUUUAAGGUUUGCAGGAUACCCGGGGGUAAUUCCCUAUAUGUCCUAUAUAAGCGUUUUAGGUAUGUGCCGUCCCAAAGGGUUUGGUUUCUUGGCCGUUGUAGUCUUUCAAACGGGUAUAGUUUUCGACCAAUUAUGAACGACAGAAUGAGAUAGGAAACCAAGAUAUUAUCACUCAAGGUGAAUCUGACCCAUUCUUAAGUUGGUGUUCACUCCCGUUUGUAACAUGAAGUGAUGUUGACUUAAAAAGUGUAUGGAUUUUAGAUGCCAGGUCUUAAAAUGGGUAGUAAGGCGGCACUUUUUGGGGGUCGUAAAUAGCUUCAAGGUUUGGAGAACCGGCAUCUACCAGGGUUUUCAGCACACUAUAGGCAGUUUUAUUAAAUCGCCUACCAGGGUUACAGUAGCUCAUGUAAAACAACACCGAAAGCGAGUGAAAAUAUAUUUGGUGGAAUCACUAAUCCCUUACUGACCGAGCGCUAGUGUUAUGCUGGUACCGGGUGUUAUUACUUAAAAAGCGAUUCUCGAGGUUGCAUCUAGCUGUCAGAUAGGUUUUUUUACCUACUAAAAUUUUCACGUAUGGAUUGCUAGCACAAAAAUCAAUUUUUCAAGGUAAUUCACUCACUAAUGGAGUGCUAGGGCUAUGGGAAAAGUUGCCUUUGCUUAUAAUUGAUUACAUUAACUCUUCUACCAGGGUUCGAAUAACUCCUAUACAAAAAACUUUCCAAACGAGAGUAGUAAUACUUAUCUCAGAGUAUAAUUAACCUCUUCUCGGAUUUACUGAAAUCCGAGAGGGAGUUAAUUCAGUAACUCUUAUUUGGAUUUAAAAUAACGGCUUCGUCAAUCCACUGAACAUUGACUCCUCCGAGUCAUUAUUUCUUUUCUGGAGUUAAAUUUGCUUUGUUGGAGCAGUUUUUAUACCUUCUUGAAAGCUUAUAUGGAAAAGGUUAUUAAGUCCUUCUGGCGGAUCCAGACCGAGAUAAUGGUGGGGCCCGGUCUCAUAAAAAUUUUUUUCGAGUCCAUUAGCUCUGCCAGUGUAAACUCUUUUCCCAGUAACAUGUUCUCCGCUUAUUGCUUGUUUAACCAGGAAUCGCGCCGGGAAGAGGAACUAACAGAAAUGAAGCACUACAUAGGUGGAUAGGUGAUCUUCUUAGUGGUAGUAAAGUGGGAGUACGUCUCGCAUAUGCCUUGCUAAUGAUCAUAUUCGAUCGCAUAAACAACAAAGGGGAAAAGUCAACUUGUGAAUUGCCAGAGGAAACCUGUGUACGUGACGAAAGAAGCAAGCUAACUGAAUAUGAUCAAUCCGAAACAAGGCUUUGCGAAACAUCCAAGGAAGUAUUUGGAAUAGGGUUGGUAUCUUCUGACGCAGAUGAAGUAACUGAGACAACGGAAUUGACAGCGAAAACUCACGAUGAUGAUAGUCAUGGUAAAUUCUCUUUGAACUAUUCUUCUGCAAUCAAUAUUCUAGACAGAGCGCAACUGAGUUUGGCAUCGUUCCAAAGCCUAGUAAAUCUCAGCGAAUCAGGCACAGAAAUAUCACAUCGUCACUUUCCCUAUUUAUAUACUUUGUUUUAUAACAGUCAUUUCAGCAUGAACAGAGACACCGAUGAACACGAUAAACGUAUAGACAACAUUUUAAAGAGCUGGUCAAUGUCCAGGGAACAUAUUGCUAAGGACGGAGAUUGUUGUUUUAGAGCAGUGGCAAGGAACGUUUUCAAAUUAACAGAAACAGAAGGAUUAAGUUCUCAAGCGUAUGAGCAUCUGGCUAAUCUUGGUCUUGUUAAUUUAGACGAGAAAAGCUUGAGCGACAGUUUAAGGGUGCUGACCGUUUCAGAGUGGUCAGGAGAGAACAGGCCACACUACGAAAACUUCCUGACAACUGACAACUUUGACGAGGAAGUUAAGCGGUUUACCCACAAGGGGUAUUUUACUGGUGAGCUAGGAAAUCUCAUGGUCUUAGCAAUGGCCAACGUUCUAAAAAUGCCCAUUGUAAUUUUUUCAUCGUUGGAAAACUAUCCCACUAUACCAAUUCUGCCGCGUGGACAACUCAAUGACAUGCCUACGUUGUUUGUCUCAUUUAAUGCCGCUGGUUGUGGGCACUACGAUUACGUCCAUACGGAGACUGUGCCGAUGGUGUUAGAAAAACAACAAGAAGAACAAGUAAACGAAAAGAAACGACCCCAAGUUUCCUGUUCUUGUGGUGCCAGUAGGAAAGGUCAAGAGAAAGUGUCGAAUGUUUGCAACAACGUCAUUGGCUCACACUCUAGCAGGUGUAAGUGUCUUAAGGCUCGAGUUAGUUGCGAUGGAAAUUGCAAAUGCAAAGGAUGUUCAAAUCCAUUUGGGCAAAGUCAAGCUGGUAAUGCCGAGGGGGAGUGCGCACCACGGAAACGACGAAAGUUUGAUAUUCAAAACUCGAUCAAACUUAAGUCAAAAGUAUAUCUUAAUGAAAAAGGAGAACCGCUACGAUAG